CACAUGAUGGACUGAGUGGUUUAGCCGAGGGCCUGCUGCCAACUCCAGUGGACGUACUUAAUAAGAAUUGAGGAGCCUUCCCAUCUGGAUGAUAAAUAGGGACAGUGUUAAUUGUAGAGGACAUAUAAUGACAAGCUGAGUGUUGUCAUCGGGCGGCGAGAUUUACCGCACAGCUAUUAAGGCUUGAAUGAUGGCCACCAUCUGUAAUGUCUAAACAAGACGCUUGACAUCCGUGUUGAAGAUAGCGUGGGACGUCCUGGCUACUACAAUGGAUACAGAGACUGGAAUCGAGACCCCUACGGAACAGGGUUAUUAUGCCACCAUCAACCCUCCUCUUUUGAACGCAAGUGUUCCGGCGGACGGAAGAAGUACUAUUGGUCAUACUCCUUUACAAGUUCCUAUUUAUCUCCAGGCCAUUAUUAUCACUAUGUAUUCAGCAAUUAUUAUUCUAUCGGUUGGAGGAAAUUUGACAGUGUGUUUUAUAGUGUUUCGGGCAAGGCGCAUGCGCACGGUAAUGAAUUUUUUCAUAGUGAGUCUCGCUAUGAGUGAUCUCUUGAUGGCCCUUUUGUGCAUCCCUUUUACGUUUGUUGCCAACCUCGUUCUAAAUUAUUGGCCAUUUGGCGACGUCUUGUGCCCCGUUGUUACAUUCCUCCAAUCAGUGACAGUUUUUCUCAGUUCUUUUACUCUCGUCGCUAUUAGUAUGGAUCGCUAUAUCGCCAUUAUUUACCCACUUCGGCAAAAAAUGUCGAAAAAACAAGCGUUCAUCGUAAUUGCUUUGAUCUGGUUCAUAGCUUUUAUCAUUCCCAUACCCACAGCAAUGUUUUCUUGGACACACAAAUACGUCAAUGUUUCAACAGCCCCGAAAUUUUGUCAGGAAAUGUUUGAGAAUCCUGAAGAUAAACGUUUGUACGGAACAAUGAUCAUGUUACUACAAUACUUCAUACCCCUCGUUAUACUCAUGUUUACGUACGGCCGGAUCAGCGCCGUCAUGUGGAUAGAUAGGGCGCCGGGCGAGGCCAUGACAACACGUGACCAACGUAUGACUGAAUCCAAGCGGAAGAUCAUUAAGAUGAUGAUAACGGUUGUUGUUAUUUAUGCGAUUUGCUGGCUACCCCUGCACGUACUGAACAUCGCAGGAGAUGUGGAUCCCAGCGUAUACGAUAUCAAAGGCAUGAACUACAUAUGGAUGACGUCACACUGGCUCGCUAUGAGUAACUGCAUGUAUAAUCCAUUCAUAUAUUGUUGGAUGAAUGCCAAAUUCCGCAAUGGAUUCCUGAAAGUGUUAAAUUGCUUUACGUGUGGAUUGGUGAAUGUGACUGACGAAAUAGAACUGCAACGAAUGAGGCGACAGGACACAUUGACAGUAACCACUUCCGUCUCUGUCAACGGAAGUUUAAGGAGGUUCAAUUCGUCAAAACGAAAGGAGGCAGCGACAUAUAACACAGAGUAUACAUCUAUUGCUGAAAAACGUUAGUGUAUGGAGUGUGACAUUGAAUUCAAGCGUUGUGUGUACAGAGAAACGUAUCAACCAUGUAUCAAUAUCUAUAAAGCGGUUUUACUUAUUUACUCGAAUAUCUCAGAAUUGGUCUCACAGUGGCUUUUGAGAUAAUUGAACGUUACAAAUGUGUUGGAAACCAAAUAUAUAUGGUCGGUUGAUUAGUUACGGACAACAUUACACAUAAUUACAAUGUUAUUUGGUGAAAACAGCCGUGUCGUACAUUCAAAUAUGAGUAAUAUGACCCAUUGUGACGACAUUAAAUCCAAAUGAAAUGACGUCAAAAGUUUCAAUGAAAGAAACGAAAGGAAGUCAAGAUUGCGGAAUUAUAUACCGGAAAAAAAUACUGGAAAAGGUUGUUUCUUUAAUUGCAAGAAUUCUUGAUUAUGUAAUAAAAUUGGGCUUCAGAUUUGUUUCCAUUUCAAACUAGAUUUUUUAAAUCCAUCACGAAUGUUUCCUUCCAGCUCUCUAGAGUCUUGUUUAAAUGGAGAGAAAAAAAUCCACACGUUUCAAAAAUCUGAAAUGAUUCUAUAUGUAUAAUGUAUAUAUAGUGUAUUUCUGCCUUCCAUUUUAAUGUGCAUAAAAGAGAAAUCGAGCAUUUUACAUUUAUUUGUAAAGUCCUCUCAUAUGUCAGAUUAAUCUAUUUAGCUCUUAGCAGGAACACUUACGAAAGACGGGUAAGAAUCUAAGAUAUCUCUCAAACAUGAAAUUCGAUGUUGAUUUCUUGUUUUGUAUAAACGAUGGAUACCAGUAUGUUAAUGCGGAAAACAGUCCGUACAUUUUGUACAGUCAUGCUUGAAUAUAAACAAAUUAUAUAUUCUGGGAAAUUAUAUAUCAUGUUUAAUGAAAUAAAUUAA